AUGGCGCCUUCCAAUCCUCUCGCAAACUGGGAGAAGAUUGGAGACAGCUUCUAUCGCAAGAUCGCCGUCUAUGACGCUAUCUUUGAGGAAGACGUGGAAUUGGAGAACUACAUCGCCGCAGGCGCCCCUUACGGCGGAGCUAUUGCGAUCUAUCGUGAUGAAAGCAAGCCAUUUAGGCUGCGCGAUUCUCAGUCUUCGCGAUCAACGAUCGAUAUUUAUUCCUCCUCUGGACAGCAGAUCAGUCGCAUUAAUUGGGAGCAAGCUACUAUCCGCGGAUUAGGCUGGUCCGACAAGGAAGAGCUCCUGGUUGUCUCCGAGGAUGGCACCGUACGCCGUUACUUUGGCCUGGACGGAGAAUUUACCUCCUUCUCGCUUGGAAAUGGCACCGAAGAAUAUGGCGUGAGAGCCUGCCAGUUUUGGGCAUCUGGCCUCGUGGCAUUACUGUCCAACAACCAGCUGAUCGCUGUGUCCAAAUAUGAAGAACCACGUCCGCGGCUCUUGGCACCUUGCCCAGAAGGCGAGGUAUCAUCUUGGGCCUUGAUUCCACCCGCACAAACUCUAUCUCGUUCCGUCGAGGUCCUCCUGGCUGUCGACAAGACGGUCUACUCUGUUGACUCAACAGAAGCAGAAGACAAGAUCCUGCAAGACGGUCCUUUCAAACACAUCAGCGUGUCUCCCACUGGACGAUUCGUCGCACUCUUCACUGCUGAAGGGAAGUUAUGGGUAGUUAGCAAUGACUUCCAAAAUAAGUUCAGCGAAUAUGACUCGAAGUCUCGCGUACCUCCAAGCACGGUGAACUGGUGUGGUGAUGACGCAGUGAUUCUUGCCUGGGAAGAUGAAAUCCAUCUGGUCGGGCCAAACGGGGCCGCAUCGAAAUACUACUAUGACGGUCGUGUCCAUGUUAUACCGGAGUUUGAUGGAGUUCGUCUUAUCACGAAUGAUACAUGCGAGUUCCUUCACAAGGUUGCUGGUGUCACCGAAGAGAUAUUCCGCCUGGGUUCAUCUUCACCUGCUUCAGUACUGCUGGAUUCGGUAGAUCAGCUGGAGAAGAAAUCACCCAAAGCCGACGAGAACAUUCAAAGAAUCCGAUCAAGUCUACCAUCUGCGGUGGAUACCUGUAUCAAAGCAGCGGGUCAUGAAUUCGACUCUUACUGGCAGAAGCGCCUACUCAAAGCUGCCUCAUUUGGCAAAUCGGUGCUCGAACUCUACAACAGCGACGAGUUCGUAGAAAUGACGGAAAAGCUACGAGUAUUGAAAGCACUGAGAGAUUACAAGAUUGGGUUACCUUUGUCUUACGAGCAAUACCUGCGUCUUUCACCAGAGGGCCUCAUAGAACGACUAAUCAACCGACACGAGUACUUGCUUGCAAUUCGGAUCUCUGAAUACCUGCAGAUCCCAGCUGACAAGAUUUAUGUCCAUUGGGCAAGUCAAAAAGUUAAGGUCUCGACAGUUGAUGAUGAGGCUGUCUGCAAGCUCAUUGUCCAAAGGCUCGACAGUAAGCCAGGAAUCUCUUUCGAGGCUAUCGCCCAGGCUGCUUACGACGAGGGUCGAUCGCACCUAGCCACCCAGUUGUUGAACCAUGAACCACGGGGCGGCAAGCAAGUUCCAUUGCUUCUUAACAUGGAAGAAGAUGAACUAGCUCUUGAUAAGGCUAUUGAGAGUGGCGAUGAUGACCUAGUCAACUUCGUGCUUCUGCAUCUCAAGAGCAAGCUUCCUCUGGCGAGCUUCUUCCGCAUGAUUAACACCCGCCCUAUGGCCUCCGCACUGGUAGAGACAGCUGCACGAGGUGAAGAUGUGGAGUUACUCAAAGAUCUUUUCUACCAAGAUGACCGACCCAUUGACGGUGCUAAUGUCCUAUUGACGGAAGCCUUGCGGGAUACAAAUUUGACGCAUCAGACCGAGAAGCUUCACCUGGCAUCUCGCCUUCUAUCGGAUUCCAAGGAGCCAACUGUAGUACUACACCAGAAAUUGGUCUCUGAAGCCUCCCAGCUUCUGAAAACCCAGGACGCACUGGAUAAAGACCUGGCAGAUCACAGUGAGUUCCUUGGUCUUAGUCUCAACGAGACAGUCUACAGACUCGUUCGAGGUGGUUACGGUAAAAGAGCACAGAAGAUCCAGAGUGAAUUCAAAAUGCCCGAAAAAACAUUUUGGUGGUUAAGAUUGAGGGCUUUGGUAGCCAAACGUGACUGGGGUGAACUGGAAGAAAUCGCUAAGAUCAAGAAGUCCCCAAUUGGGUGGGAGCCCUUCUAUAACGAGAUUCUGGGUGCCGGAAACACAAAACUUGCUUCGGUCUUCGUCCCGAAGUGCAGCCACCUACCGUCCGCUGAGCGAAUCGAGAUGUGGAUGAAAUGCGGAAUGAUUGUGAAGGCCGGCGAAGAGGCCCAAAAGAGCAAGGACCUCAAUACCUUGGAACUCCUUCGAACGAAAGCCUCUGGUCCUGCAGCCACCGAGAUCGAGCGCAUGAUCAACCAACUUAGACCGAGGAAAUGA